AAACCGAAUAAUAUCUCUUAUUUAUUUUUUUGUUUCUUAUAUUCCUUUUCAUCUCAUAAUUCAUAAUUGGUUACUCUAUGCACAUAAGUCAACUCUCUCUGUCUCUCUCUCUCUCUUUCGUCUUUCUUUUCUUCCUGUGUUUUCUGAGCAAACUUCGAUUGUUAUACCAAUUUGAAUUGAAUUUUUUUUCUCUUUGUGGGUUGAAAAUUUAAAUCUUGAUGGGUAACGGAGUGACAAAACUGAGUACAUGUUUCACAGGGGGAGAUGGUUUCCGACAAAAACACACCUCCGUUCUACCUCCCGAACCUCUAGACGAAGGCCUAGGCCAUUCAUUCUGCUACGUCCGACCCGAACCGACUCUAAUCACCUGCUCAAAAGUCCACUCGGAGGUGGAAGAGACCACCAUGUUCCGAACCAUCUCCGGCGCCUCCGUCAGCGCCAACGCCGCCACUCCUCUCUCCACCUCUCUCUACGACCCCUACGGCCACGUCGACAGAGCCGCCGCGUUCGAGAGCACGACGUCGUUUUCCUCCAUCCCUCUCCAGCCCAUCCCCAGAACCUUCUCCUCCUCCGGCGGCGGCGGCGGCGGCGGUCCGGUCGUCUCGGGCUCCGGUCCGAUCGAAAGAGGGUUCCUCUCGGGUCCGAUCGAGAGAGGGUUCAUGUCGGGCCCGCUAGACCGCGGCGGGCUAUUCUCCGGCCCAAUAGAGAAGCCCAUCUCCGAUCAUCAUCAUCACGACUUCCGGCGCAGCUUCUCCCACGGGUUGGCUUUGCGGGUCGGGUCGAGAAAACGGUCUUUGGUUCGGAUCCUCCGCCGCGCGAUCUCGAGGACGGUUCAGAGCUCGAUCGUGGCUCCGGUCAAGUCCGUCAAAGAGUCCGAGAGCAAGAACCACCACCACCACAACGAGAGUAAUAGUCUCACGGUUAACAGCUUGAACUUCAGCAGCGAAGGGACGCUAGACGACGACGUUUCGCUCGAGGGCCAGAACCUUCAGUGGGCCCAGGGGAAAGCGGGGGAGGAUCGAGUCCACGUGGUCGUUUCGGAGGAGCACGGUUGGCUUUUCGUCGGGAUAUACGACGGGUUCAACGGUCCGGACGCGACGGAUUAUCUGCUCUCUCAUCUUUACCCCGCGCUUCAUCGGGAGCUUAAAGGUUUGUUGUGGGACGAAACCAAACCUCAGGGACUAGACGAAUCGUGUUCAGACAGAGUUGGUAAUAAUGAUCAUUGCGAGGGACGGUGGAGAUGCGACUGGGAUCGAGAGAAGAAAGAUCUCGACCGUAGAUUAAAGGAACAGAUUAAUAAUAAUAAUAGGAGAAGCGGGUUGGACUCGGAUCAGUUGACGAACCAUUCGGAUGUUUUAAAGGCGUUGUCAGAAGCUCUGAGGAAGACGGAAGAAGCGUAUCUAGAGACUGCUGAUAAGAUGCUGGAGGAGAACCCUGAGCUGGCUUUGAUGGGUUCUUGUGUUCUGGUGAUGCUGAUGAAAGGUGAGGAUAUCUAUGUGAUGAACGUUGGCGAUAGCAGAGCUGUGCUUGGUCAGAAGUCUGAAUCGGAUUACUGGUUAGCUAAGAUUAGGCAGGACUUGAAUCGGAUUAACGAAGAAACGAUGAGGAAUGAUUUAAGAGGUUGCGAGGGAGAUCAUGAAGUUCCAAAUUUAUCGGUUUUUCAGCUCACUGUUGAUCACAGCACAGAUGUAGAUGAGGAAGUUGAGAGAAUCAGAAAUGAGCAUCCGGAUGAUGCUAGUGCGGUGAGUAAUGAACGGGUUAAAGGCUCCUUGAAGGUCACAAGAGCAUUCGGUGCAGGUUUCUUAAAGCAGCCUAAAUGGAACAAUGCGCUCCUUGAGAUGUUCCAAAUUGAUUACAUAGGGGAGUCUCCGUACAUCAACUGUUCGCCGUCUCUCUACCAUCACAGAUUAGGCUCCAAGGACAGGUUUCUAAUACUAUCUUCUGAUGGUCUAUACCAGUACUUCACCAACGAAGAAGCGGUUUCAGAGGUUGAGCUAUUCAUCACAUUGCAGCCUGAAGGGGAUCCAGCUCAGCACCUUGUACAAGAGCUUAUGUUCAGAGCUGCUAAAAAAGCUGGUAUGGAUUUCCAUGAGUUGCUGGAGAUACCACAAGGUGAACGGAGACGAUACCAUGAUGAUGUUUCAAUAGUAGUGAUCUCUCUAGAAGGAAGAAUGUGGAAAUCAUGUGUAUAAUAAAAAAACAAAUCUCUGUGUAGUGUCUCAAUCAUGUAGUAUAAUGUUGACAAUCAGGAAAUAAUAUAUAUAAAGUUUUGGCAACUCAAAAUAGGUGAAGAGAAGAUUCUAGUUGUCUUAAAUAAGUGGUCAAAGAUUUGGUUCUGUGAGUUCCAUCCAACUACUAACUGUAUGUGAAUAGUGAAGUAAAUGAAGGAAUUGA